CAAAGCAGCAGCAGAAACAGAUGAAGCCACAGUGAACGUCUGUGGGACACUUCCAAAGGGGAAAAAUGGCAGAAGCAGAGAGACCUCUUCCACAGACCACGGCUAAACCCAUGGCCUUCCAGUCUCAAAAAGACAUGUUUGAGAAGAUGGAAGAAUCAUUCAAAAUCUGUGCAAAUUGUGAAAAACGGCCAAAGCAACUUUCAAAUCCACAGAACUUGAAGCGUUGUGGCAAAUGUCUAAAUGUUUACUACUGCUCUAAAGAGUGUCAGAAAGGAGACUGGGCCAAACAUAAGAAGUUGUGUUCACAGCUCCGUCUGGCUGCCAUUGACAGGGUAGUGGAAUGGCUUCUGUUCAAAGGAGACCUUCCAUUCCCGACAGAAAACUGGUCAAAGCCUCAGUCAGACGUAAAGGGCUGGGAUGAUUGGCUGGCCAUGCAGGGAGAUCUCAGUGCUCGCCUUGAUCCCAUUCUGACUGGAGCGAACAUGACAGAACUGUGGACCAGUGCCGGCAGACCCCGGCCUGAUGAUGAGGACCUGAGGCAGUCUCUGUGGAGAGUUUCCAGUGAGUUCUUCUCCAGACCGCUGACAAUCGCCUGGGGGAUGAGGCUGUUCGGCCUGAACCCUCAUUCAAAGCCUCUCACUAUUCACCUGAUUGGAGCAGCAAACGCAGAGACACUGGCAGCCAGACUGACAGACUAUGAUGAGCUGAACAAGAUGUUCCCUGGACACCAGGGCAUAGAGGUGGUCAUGGUGGGACCAGAGGUAGUGGAAGGGCCCAUUGUGAGGCCUCCACUCAGGGCUUUUGGCCCAAAGCAGAAGGUCUACGUCAGCGCCUAUAAAGGUCUGUACCAUGAGUUCUGGGAGGAGCUGGUGGAGAAAGAGGAAGCAGCCAAGCCAGACCUGGUGGUUGGAUUUAAUCCUGGAUUUGAUGCCAGUCAAGGCCUCGACCAGGGUUGGCUUCCAACACUUCUCCUCCUCAGAGACUAUGAGAUUCCUUCACUUUUUACUGCACUCAAUGAGACAGAGAUGACCUACUCACUGCAGAUCCUGCUGGAGUUGGAGAUGGACAUGAGGGGAAGUGGAGCCAACCCGUUCACGUCUCUGAAACCAGAAAUGGUGGGAUCAUCACCCAACAAGCCUCCUGUUUAUUGUAACUCCCACUACUUCUGUUUUCAGGGUCUGUUGGAGACAGUGGAGUUUGAGGACCCAGAUGAGGCCUGAAUGGGCUGCACAUUAUUACACUGAACACACACACUAUGGGCAUUCAUCACUAAUUGUUCUGACCUGUGAAGAAUCUUCUCCUAAAAUGUAAUAAUCUGUAAUUCGAUUAACCCAUAAAGACCUAGUGCUACUUUUGUGGCAGUUCUUAAAUAAAUUUUUCUCUGUAUUUAUCCUUUCUUUAGUGAUUUAUCACCAUUUGUUAUAAUA